UUUUCCUUUUUUUUUUUAUUUUUACGUGUGAGGAAUUGAUCGAUAGAUAUCCACGAAGGAGAGAGAGAGGGGGGGAGAGAGCUGGCGAGGCCUUCAAAUUCUCCGAAAUUUCAAAGCACCGAAGCAAUCAAUCUUCAAAUCGCAGAACAUGCUCUGGUGACGACAUCUUCUGCUGAUAAAUAAUGCACUAGAUUCUUCUGAGAGAUUUUGUGCUAUUGUUUGAUGGGUGCCCCUAAGCAAAAAUGGACACCAGAAGAAGAAGCUGCUCUGAGAGCUGGUGUCGUUAAACAUGGGGCAGGAAAGUGGCGUACAAUACUUAAAGAUCCAGAAUUUAGUGGUGUUUUGUACCUACGUUCAAAUGUUGAUCUCAAGGACAAAUGGAGAAACAUGAGCGUAAUGGCUAAUGGAUGGGGCUCCAGAGAGAAGGCUAGGUUAGCCCUAAAAAGGAUGCGACCUGCCCCUAAAGAGGAUGAGAAUGCUAUGGCUCUUAGUACAGUAGUUCAAAGUGAUGAAGAAAUUGUUGAUGCUAAACCUCUUGCAGUUUCUAGUGGUUCUCCACAGAUUGGUGCUCCAAAAAGAUCAAUCAUAAGGUUGGACAAUCUUAUAAUGGAGGCCAUAAACAACUUGAAGGAGCCUGGUGGUUCUAAUAAGACUACUAUUGCUACAUAUAUAGAGGAACAAUACUGGGCACCUGCCAACUUCAAACGAUUAUUGUCCGCCAAAUUGAAGUUUUUGACUGCAAGUGGGAAACUGAUUAAGAUGAAACGAAAGUUCAGAAUUGCACCACCGUUGGCAUUAUCGGAUAAAAGAAGAAACUCGUCCACGUUACUACUAGAGGGAAGGCAGAGGGCUUCUCCAAAAAUUGACAAGGAUGAUAUCAACAUUCUAAAUAAAGCUCAGGUCGAUUUAGAGUUGGCUAAGAUGAGGAGCAUGACUCCACAAGAGGCUGCUGUGGCUGCUGCCCAAGCAGUUGCCGAGGCAGAAGCAGCUAUAGCAGAAGCUGAAGAGGCAGCAAGGGAAGCAGAAGCAGCGGAAGCUGAUGCAGAAGCGGCACAAGCUUUUGCAGAAGCAGCAAUGAAGACACUGCAAGGAAGAAAUACACCAAGGACGAUGGUCCAUGCUUGAUGGGAAUUCACGACACAUGCUAUUGGGAUGGAUGAACGACAUCUCUUUUUUGGAUCUAGGCCCUUAUAAUAUAUGUAUGUUGUUUGCCAACUUUUCCUGUAGUUGUAAAUAUGCUAAAAUUUCUUGCUCGGUAAAAGGCAGGAUGUGCUUUUACCAUUUAGUUCUAGUGAAGGAAUAGAGAUCUCCUCGGUUAGAAGUUUAUCCAUUUGGAAACUUUUGCAUAUGUUUGUUUGGUAGCCUUUUGCUAUCUCCUUUUCCAAGAUAAAUGGGAGGAAUUUUCAUAUGGGAACUUA